AUGAAACCCGCGCGAAGGCGCCUGGCCAAAAGAAUAACCAGCUUUUACAAAAAUGUCAGCGCAAAUACCCCCCUUUUCGCCACCAAUUUGCUGCUUUACCGCUUUGAUCGCGACUUGAUAGUCACCCUUGUGCAGACAUUUAGGAGGCUACUGAAAAAGCAUGAACAGAAGAAGACACGAUUCUAUGAGGAGUACUUGCUAAUUUUUAAUUAUAUAAUUUUUUCCCACGUGAAUUUUGUCUUCUCCGAGUUGAGCCAAAAUAAUGCCCCCCACUUUGACAUCGCCUAUGAUUUGAGUGAAUUCACACGUGAGACAACUCCCCCUUUAAACGCAAGGAGGUUAAUAAAAAGGGGGAAAUGCAGCGCGUCCAAGUUGAAAAGGCUACUCAUCGGGAAUGGUACACAUAGCCGUUUGGGUCACGUCAAGGGGGAAACUCCUCAUUCAUGUAGCCAAGGGGAAGAAAAUGGAAUUUCAUAUGAAGGUUACCAAGCAGGGGGGGGGAGGAAUAAAGAAACAUUUGGGGAAGAAGCGCACAAAAAAAAACAGCCACAUGAAUGGAAUAGGCACAUCGGUGAUGAAGCCUAUCAGAAGAGGGUCAAUCAUUGGGGAAGCAAGUCGUUGGGGCGUGUUCGUGGGACAUACGGAAGGGUCCACAUUAGCGGCAAGGGUGAGAGUAGCUACCCCGCCAAGUGCAUUACGAACACGUGUCUGCACAAUUGUGGUGGUAGGGGGUUCCCAUUUUGUGCAUCCUUGGCGUGCACUGAGGCGGGUGAAAGUCAGUUCGUCGAGCAACUCAAAAGGUUACAUGCACACGUGCAUUAUUGGAGGUGUCUCAUGCAGUUAGACGUGAGAUGCAGACGCAGCUGGCAAGUAAGCAAAUUAGCAAGUGAAGAAAAAAACAUCUAUGAAGGAAUCUACAAAAAUAUUUACUACUUAUUUAAACGUAUGAACAGAAUGCAUUUUGAAAAUAUUCAAAUGAUAAAUAGAAAAAAGCAGCAGCUGUCCAUAACCCAUAACUGCGAAAUGGAGGAUCUUAUAAGUGCUACUAAGGUAACCACCACAGUGGAUAAUUCGGAGGGCACGCAGCAAAUUAAUGACCUAGUCUUUAAGCAUAUAGCUGAGAAGGAGGCUCUGUGUAGACACGCAGAACAUGAGGUGAAAGUCAUGCAACUUGUGAACUUGAAAGAGUACAAGGAGCAUAUCUUCUACAUUUUUAACAUCAUACAGAGGGAGCGUAACUUCCUGUCUUUGCCUCCUCUACCGGUGGACGAAUUGGAGGAAGUUGAUGCAGGUGUGGUUGAUAGAUCAAUACGGGUUCAUCCCAGUGGGUUCUGCCCCUCCGUACGUAAAGAACGGCACAUUUAUUUUUCCUGUAUAGUAAAAUAUUUCCACCUCUUUUACUUAUAUAAGUUGAUUAAAAGUAAUGUGAAUGUAAUGAGCUACCUUCACCUGUAUGUUAAGCACUCUGUGUGCGAUACGCUAGGAGUGUCCGUAAUUUUCAGCCUCGGCGAAGUGGAAGACCUUUUUCUACGCCAUAGUAAGAACAAUAAGGAGUUUAAGGGACGUCUCUACGGUUUGUUAAGUCAGAUGCAGCGGGAGCAUUAUGCAGACCACUGUGCUGACGAAUGCACCCACGAGGGAACUAAUCAAACAACCAAAUCGGGGACACAUGAAGGUCCUCCCUUGGAGGAAGACAGAACGAAUAGCACCCCCGUGUUGACGUGCGCCGAGUCCAAGUACUUCGACGCCAAGGGGCAGUUCAGAAGCAAACUCGGAGCAGCACCGGAAGAAAAUGCCUCCUUCAACAAAAGCUACGACAGUACGAAGAAGUACUUGCGAGGUGACCCCAUCCCGUUUCUCCUACAAGAUAAUGCAUGUGUGAAGGAAGAGACUCAUACACAUCUGAGCAAAAUCAGCCUAAGGGAGAAGCCCCUAAACGGUCUGAUCCUCUACUUGGGUGAAGAUACGAACGCCUUCUGCAAAGAAAAUGUCUACCAAAGUAUUUUCAACAUAAGCAUGAACAAGACCGAUUUUGUUUUCCCCACGUUGAAGGAGCAGUUGGGUAUGUUUCACGAGUUUGUAACUGGCCACGUGGAAAUGCAAGGGGGAGGAGAAACUGGACGGAGGUGCUCCCCUGAGAUGGGAACCCAAUUACGGUGUGGAAACAUUAUCAUAACGAGACACACGAAUUUGAAAAUCGGAAUGGAGAGGAGUACCCCUAAGGGAGAAAAAAAAAAAAAAAAUGUUAAAAGUGGGGAAGGAAAUGCAGGAGAAAAAAAAAACAAAGGAUCAACUUACGAUAUGACAACGAUUAAAAAUCAAGCAAAUGAGUUGUUCAGUUUGGACAGAAUUAACAAGAGUAAUCUCCCCUCAUCCAUCAUGCCAAUAUAUGAGCAGCUCAAAAAAAAUAGCCAAUACUUCAUGCAUAAGGAAGGUAGAGAAAAGUCAGUCCAUUCGGAUGUGAAGGAAAACACCAUGUGCAAACUUCAUGAAAACAUUUUAAAAAAAAAAAAAAAAAAAAUACACGUGGAUAUAAUUUUCCAUAUAAUUAUACCAAAAAAUGUGAACAGCAAAAGUUUCCAAAUAAUUUUACUUUCCUUGUUGAAGAUUUUGGACUUGUGUAGAGAUUAUCACGUCUCCUCGCUGACGUGUCCCCUGCCAUAUGUGCACAACGUCGUUUAUAAGAAUAAGCGCCCCGUGGUUUAUGCCUUUAUGUAUUCCGUCAUUUUUAGCCUUUUGAAUUAUAUUAAGUGCACACAGUCGUCUGGCAAGCAGGUGAGCGUGCUGCAUUUUCUCUUCCCCAAUUUGGCCUUUCGCGAGGGGGGCACAACAGGGGUGUAUAGCUCCAAGGGGAAGAAUAAGGCGAAGGAAACACCCCCCAAUGGGGAGGUCACCCUGGGUGGAAGUACCCAUUUGGACAGACCUCCCGAGGAGCGCAUGUCAAACAUGGCCUCCUUCAUUGAUCGUGUUGUCACUGACAUGCGGGGGAAGUAUACCCUCGUUGAGUGCAUCGAACGGUAG